UAAAACUCUAGACCCGACAUAUUACGAUUCACAUCGUAUCCAGACAGCAGCUACGGGGUAACCCACGCCUUGUCCUCGUUGAUAAGUAGCUUUGAGAAAAACAUCUGCCAGUAUUUGCUCAGGAAAACAGCGGACGAUUAUAUGGAUUUACCAUCCGCUCGAAAAGCGAGAACAUAAUACGUUUCGGGGAGACAACUCAGCCGCAACAAGAGGAUGAAAUGAGAAAGAAAAAAGUAUUCAGCUUGAAGUUGGAAUACAACCCCACUUGACGGAUAUUUUUUAUGUUGCUCUUACAAUUGAUCCGGGGUUAGUAGACUUCAUAAUCGCUGAAUGUAUGCAGCAUAAUUCUAUAAAUGACACGAUUUGUGUAUCAAUUGUCAACGCAGAAUAAUAGCUACUACAGUAGAUCCUAAAGUUCGUGGUUUAUUUAUAGGAAAGGGACCAACGCUUUGUGUGCGGAUGCCAACAGCAGAUUGCAGGUUGCUCCAUCAUGGUCGGAUCAUGAAGUGUUUGACUUUUUUACUCUUACUUCCAGAAACACUUAAAAAGUCUAAAAAGACUGGGAAACACACAGGCAGGUUACCAGUAUGCUAUGAGAUUCUAACCCUGUCCCUGGAGAAGAAGAUGGCUGCAGAACUGUACCCUGCGACCACCAACCUAACCAACAACUGUACAACGGUGACUGCCAGUGACAAGAAAAGUGAUGUGCAGGUCACCCAGUCAACAACCACUGCAACAACACCGACCACCCAGCAAAACAUAAACAACAACAAUGUCGAUCCUGCCAGCUGGCAGUCCUCUCACCCCACGCUACGGGAGAGGUAGUCUCAACUUCUUACUUAUAAUUCAUUCUUUCUAUUUAGUCAAAAUAUUGACUUGGUUUACAAUAGCCUAUUAGUUAUGGGAUACUACUUCAUACUGUAGUUUAUGUCCAUAGUUAGUCACAUCGCAUUGUGCAGGCUAUAAUAUAUGUAUGACUGGCAAAAGACAAGCCCUAUAUGGAAUAGGCCAAGUUGUCAUGAUACCUUAUUGAUAAUCUUCUCCCUUCUAGGAAUGCCUUGAUGUUCAACAAUGAACUCAUGGCCGAUAUACAUUUAAUUGUUGGUCCCCCUGGUGAAUCUCAGAAAGUGCCAGUGCACAAGGUAAGCUCCAUCUCCAGUUGGAAAAAUAAGUAGACUUUUCAGAACAAUCACAAAAUAUGAUGAGUGACUAAUGUGUCCGUUUGUCUUUCCCUCCAGUAUGUGUUGGCAGUGGGUAGCUCUGUCUUCUGUGCCAUGUUUUACGGGGAUCUUGCAGAGGAGGAGUCCGAAAUCCAUAUCCCAGACGUGGAACCUGCUGCUUUUCUAAUUCUGCUGAAGUAAGCCACUCACUCCUCAUAUUAAACCAGUAUUAUACACAAUGUCACUUCAAAAUAAAUGAUUACUCAUCCAAAGUAAGACGAGUUAAGUGCCAAAAUGCUAGAGCACCAAAGGACAUGGGGAGUAGUGUAGAGCACUGUAAUUGCUGGUUUCUUUGCUCUUUGUUAAUCUUGAAGAUAAAAAAAUAUUCAAAGCCAAUGAUUUACCCGAAGGUAAUACAAAUGGCUCUUUUGUUGUUGAUUUUAUAACAAUGUCAUCCGAAACCAAUGCAAUGAAACAUUGCUUCUUUUUUAAUCCCCUUGAGAGAAUAGGGCAAGCUCUGCCAAGUUCUCUUCCUCUUUUCCUCGAAAGAAUAGCCAUCAUGAAUUCUCCACAUGCUGUCUGCCUUCUUUACUAAACCAGAAUCUCAUUCUCCUCCUCCUCCAUUUUGUUCCCUUCAGGUACAUGUACAGUGAUGCGAUAGACCUGGAGGCAGACACCGUGCUGGCUACCCUGUACGCUGCCAAGAAGUACAUUGUACCAGCCCUAGCCAAGGCCUGCGUCACCUUCCUGGAGACCAGCCUGGAGGCCAAGAACGCCUGUGUGCUGCUGUCCCAGAGCCGUCUGUUUGAGGAGCCUGAGCUGACACAGCGCUGUUGGGAGGUGAUUGACGCCCAGGCCGAGCUGGCCCUGGGCUCCGAGGGCUUCUGUGAGAUCGACUUGCAGACCCUGAAGAUCAUCCUGCAGAGAGAGACCCUCAACACCAAGGAGGUGGUGGUCUUUGAUGCCGUCAUGAGCUGGGCCACAGCUGAGUGUAAGAGGCAAGGACUGAGGGCAACCACCCACAACAAGAGAUCUGUCCUGGGCAAGGCACUCUACCUGGUGCGCAUCCCCACUAUGACCCUGGAGGAGUUUGCUGAUGGGGCGGCCCAGGCAGACAUCUUGACACUGGAGGAGACGCAUGACAUUUUCCUGUGGUACACAGCGGCCACCAAGCCCAAACUGGACUUCCCACUGGCACAGAGGCAGGGCCUGGCGCCCCAGAGGUGCCACCGCUUCCAGUCGUCAGCCUACCGGAGCAACCAGUGGCGCUACAGGGGCCGCUGUGACAGCAUCCAGUUUGCAGUGGACAAGCGGAUCUUUAUCGCUGGACUGGGUCUGUACGGGUCAAGUGGCGGAAAAGCCGAGUACAGUGUCAAGAUUGAACUGAAGCGGCAAGGGGUGACCCUAGCACAGAACCUGACCAAGUUUGUGUCGGAUGGAUCAAGCAGUACAUUUUCCGUGUGGUUUGAACACCCAGUUCAGGUGGAGCAGGAUGCCUUUUAUACAGUGAGUGUCGUGCUGGACGGGAAUGAGCUGAGCUAUUUCGGCCAGGAGGGCAUGACGGAGGUGCAGUGUGGGAAAGUGACUUUUCAGUUCCAGUGCUCCUCGGACAGUACCAAUGGGACUGGGGUGCAGGGGGGACAGAUCCCUGAGCUGGUGUUCUAUGCUUAAGCUGGACUGGUUUGGUCAUAAAGGAGAGGUAAAGAACAUAUAGACCAUACUGUACAUCCAUAUGUUCCAGCCUUAUAAAUAAUGUAGCAUUAAGACACUAGAGUAUGUCCCACUAAACAAAAUACUAUUUUUAAGCGAAGGAACGUUGUUUUAUCUUAUUUAUUUUAAAAACUGUUAUUUGUAUUAUUUUAAUUAACGCUGCAAAAAGCAGCCCCUUGUAAAAAGUAAUAUUGCACUUGUGGACAGCCUCUGCAAUGUUGUUUUGUACAUAAAAUACAGUUAAAUGGUUUGCAGCUUGAUGCUGAUCAACCCUGACAUUCAUGUUUGAGAGCUUAUGAACCUGCAGAAAAUCAUAAAAUUGUGUGAGAUAAGCCACUGAUGUUGCUGCUCAUCAUUAUACAACUCACCUGCAUGUGUGAAAUCUGUUGUUUUGGUGGCACUUACU